AUGUUUUUGCUAAUUAUCUACAGCAUGUGGCUGGCAGACUGGGGCUCUGACAAUGCCAGGGACAGGGUCAACAACUGUGCACCCGCGUUGCAGGUGCAAAGGGCUGAUGGUGAAGCGGGAGAAGAUGGAUGCGACCAGCGAGGUCAGACACUAAUCAAGCUUGCGGUUGAGCGCCAGGCGCGGAUGACACGACUGGUGCAGGCCGUCACUGACCAUGGAGCCGCUAGGCAAUUGAACCAAUAUCACAAGGGUGAGGAGGAGCUCGCGCUGAGGCAUUGCAUCGAUUGGGACAAGAAUGUCGAUGGCAAUUCGCAGGACAAAAAGCCUUGA